AUGGAGAACACACCGCAGCUGGGUACAGCUGCAGACCUUGAAAUGCGGGCUGCUCGCAUUGCAGACCCUGGCAUAGAUCUCAAAACGAAGCACAAUGUUGCAUGCGAGCUACGAGAAAUGAUAGACACUGUUCGAGACGCUGAAUCCGCGCGGGUAUUCCCUCAAAUGAUUCCAGUCCUCUUGGAAAUUCUGACCUCUGGGGACGCUGCAUAUCAUAAAGACAUCAUGGAGUACCAAUUCAGGCGCGUGCUGCUUGAAAUCAUACAUCGCAUACCCUACGGGGAAACUAUACGUCCUCUGGCUUUGCCAUUACUUAGUGGUAUGCUCCACGCCUUGCGUCAUGAUAACGAGGAAAACGGCGUUACUGCAUGCAAGAUCAUCAUCGACCUUCUACGGUCAUUUCGAGCGCUGACAGAAGAGCUCGUUGCCGAAUUCAUGGGAAUUCUUCAAGACGUAUUUCGCAACAUGAAUGGACUGGUCCUUGAAACGCUCUGCGAGGACUCCCCUGUUCUUGAUCCCAAUGUCGUCCCUCCCAGCAUUCGCAGUUUCAAAGUCCUCGCCGAGAUGGGAAUGGUAGUUGUCACCUUUUCUCAGAGCCAUCGCCCCCUAGUCCUUACAGUCAUUCAAACGACACUCAACCUCAACUUUGAGGUUCUGGGCCUCGAAUCUCCCGCCCAAAAAAAGGCUAGAGAAGAUCAUGAAGCCAUGGGAUCUUACUGGUCCGGCAUGGCCACCACCAUUAAGAAUACUCAAGCCUACAUGGAUUUCAUCAAUGGGCAAAUCAAGAUGGUAUCUUAUGUUGCAUACAUCAUGCGAGGCAUUGGAGAACAGUUCGAUUCCUUUGGAGAAAGGCUUAUUCUUGCUGCUCUUCGACUAAUGCAAGACUUGCCUUCCAACGGCAUCCAGGCCCGAAAGGAUCUGAUAGUGGUGCUACGGCAUCUGAUUGGCACGCCGCAUCGGAAGGCCCUUUUGCCCCAGAUCGAUAAACUGUUUGAUGAACGUAUUCUUCUUGGAGAUGGAGUGGGCAGUAAAGAGACUUUGCGUCCGUCGGUUUAUGCCUCGGUUGCAGACCUUGUACACCACGUCCGAGGCGACCUCUCUGCGAAUCAGCUCUCGCGUGUGGCGAAGCUGUAUUCCGCGUUGAUUCAUAAUCCGUACCUCAGUCAUAACUUGCAUACGCUGUUCUCCAAGAUGAUGUUCGGUCUGAUCGAGAAUAUUACAACGAAGGACACCCCUCAAGGUGCCUCACGGGUACUGACUGCCAUGUUCGAGACCUGCGUUGACAAGGUCGAGGCGAUGACACUGGUCUUGGACAAUGCACUUGAGAGGAUAGAAAAAGCCAAGAAUGGUGAAGGGGAGGGCAUCGACUUUCUGCUGAUAGAGAAAACGCGACCUGUUGCAGGUGCUGCCUAUGCAACUGAGAAGCCAGAAGAGGUAAUUCAUGAAUGUCGAUUUCUCUUCCGAACCCUCCUCCAUGGUUUCCGUGUUUGCCUGGUGGGAUUGAAGAAAUGUGAUGCUCCGGUUCCCGAAGGCACACUGAUCCUCCGUCUUUUCGAAAGUUGCAUGAAAUGUAUGGCCCUGUUUGAUACCGAGCCUCGCGACGCCACCGAAGCCAUGGACUGGUUCAGCGCAGUUCUGCUGGAAGUCAAUUUGCACGUGUUCCAAGAGGUUUGGACCCACAAGAUUGAGUUUUUUUUCGAAGCAGCUCGCAAGAGACCUGCACUCUUACAAAUUUGCCAAAUUUUGUUCAGUCGUGAAAACGUCUCGCCUACUCUGGUAGCAAUCGUCCUUCGUUUCCUCAUUGACCGCCUGUCACUUCUUGGGGAAUACGACGACCAGACAGCGGUCAUCACCAUUCGGCUGUUCAAAAUGGCAUUUGGUGCAGUCACAUCUUUUCCUGUGCCCAAUGAACCCAUUCUGGCUGCGCACUUAGCUAAACUCAUCAUGGAUUGUUUCCCUCUCGCUGCCAAAGCUUCCAAGUCAACCAACUACUACCAUCUUUUGAGAGGCUUGUUUCGUGCAAUCGGCGGAGGAGGGGGUCGCUACGAACUUCUCUACAAAGAGGUUCUACCACUCCUUCCCGAUAUGUUGGAAAGCUUAAACCGCCAGUUGCAUGCCUCCGAAGGGUAUGCGAGGGACAUGAUCGUCGAGCUUUGCCUUACGGUGCCCCUGCGUCUCACACAUCUCCUACCUCAUCUCACAUAUCUUAUGCGUCCCCUCGCACUUGCGUUACGUGGGACUCCUGAGCUCGUGUCUCAGGGUCUUCGUACCCUUGAGCUUUGUAUCGACAAUCUGACGCCGGAUUUCCUUGAUCCGACCCUCAACACCGUUCUUCGAGAACUCAUGGAAGCGCUUCAUAGUCACCUAAAGCCACUACCUGCCAGUCAUCAUCAUGCCCACACGACCAUCCGUAUUCUUGGCAAGCUCGGUGGACGCAAUCGUCGAUUAUUGUAUAAAGAGCCUGCUCUCGAAUACAACCCAUUCUCGAAGGCCGCAACUAUUCCUCUUUCAUUUGGCGGUUCGAUGGAAAACGUGAAGCUGGCCCCGAUGAUCAACUUAGCAGUUCGAACCCUGCGCAAGGCUGCACCUGCCUAUCGUGCCCAAACAUACUCAUUUUUGGAGACGUGUACCAUUACUCUUCUGCAUGAUAAUAACCAUGGACCGGACGAAUCUGUAGUGUUCGUUAAAUCGCUGGAAGCGAUAUUUGACGCGAUACACAUGCCCGAAGUGAAAGACGACGCAGACAAGUUCAUUCGUGAGCUAUCUCGAACUGUAUUUUCAAUGGAGCUCCGCAAGAAUGCCACCAAGGAAGCUGGCCUCAAGCGAUAUCCCAGUCCCCUGCUUUCUUCGUACUUGGAGGCCUUGCCUUGCGCUCUCGCACGUGAUAACACCGAAGAACUGCACAAGGGUGAAGAACUUAUCACAUCAAUCUUGAAUGACUUGGUAGUGAUGUGCGCGCAGAAUGGGGCUACUGCACAGGACAUUAUUCCGACGCUGAUCCAAAUCUCUGCGCGCUUUUGUGCCGUCUGCCUCGAUGAUUCAUGGGUGCGGAAGAGUGCAGGAUGCAUUGGAAUAAGAAUUUUGACGUGCCUCCCUAAUAUUGGUGUAAAAUGGCUGGGUGAAGUUGAACUUGUGCGAACCUUGCUCCACAUCCUGAAGGAUCUCCCUUUUGAUCUUCCGCGCGAUGUCACCGACGUGAUCGAGGUCCUCAAACGUGUCUUGCGCGUUACCUAUACGGAUAUGGAUGCCAUGUCUGACGUCCCCAUCAUCGCUCGUGCCAAGCUAGUCCAUAUCCUCGGUAUCUUCUUCUCGGAGCUCUCAAACCCCAACCCAGUGGUUCGUCAUGCAGCCCAAAUCUGCGUCGAUGUCUUCGUCGAGCUCACUGGGAAGUCGGCUCACGAGCUCCUCUUACCACAUCGGGAUCGCAUGCUGACAGCAAUCUACACCAAACCCUUGAGGGCGUUAUCGUUCCCCAUUCAAGUGGGCAUGAUUGAUGCAGUACGCUACUGUGUCAGUCUCGAUCCACCUCUCCCGGAGCUGAAUGACGAAUUGCUCCGAUUAUUACACGAAACUCUCGGACUCGCCGACGCCGACGACGUCCAGCUCGCUCGUGGAAAUCUUCGUCAAGGAUCUCUCGAGAUUAUUAAACUUCGGGUGGCUUGCAUCAAGCUACUUACUGCAUCCAUGCCCAUGACGGAUUUCUUUUCAAAGCAGCAUCAAACGAGGCAAAGGGUCACUGGCGUCUAUUUCAAGUCUUUAUAUUCCCCUUCGCAGGAGGUAAAGGAAGUUGCGCACGAAGGACUUCGUAUGGUUCUAACCCACCAAAGUCGACUCCCCAAAGAGCUCUUGCAGACAGGCUUGCGCCCUAUCUUGAUGAACCUUGCAGAUCCCAAGCGUCUGUCGGUCUCUGGCUUGGAGGGCCUUGCGAGAUUACUGGAGCUUUUGAUCAACUACUUCAAAGUUGAGAUCGGACAUAAGCUCCUUGAUCAUUUCCGCAUCGUCGCAGACCCCCAGAUGUUACAAGCAUCUUCGAAACUUCCCUUAGCUGAGAACGAAGGCGUCACGAAGCUUGUCCGAUUGGCCAACAUCUUCCAUCUUCUCCCUUCCGCAGCGAAUAUCUUCUUGGAACACCUCGUCAACGCCAUAGUCCAGACGGAAGCUCAGAUGCACUUUUCCGGCCGUAGUCCCUUCUCGGAGCCCCUUGGUAAAUAUUUAGAUCGUUACCCAGGAGAGGCGAUGGACUUCUUUAUGCGCUAUCUCCAGUUCCCUCGUCAUGUCAGAACUCUGAGAAGCAUCCUUCAAGCAAGGCUUGCCCCCAAUCUCGAGCGUGAGAUUGCGUCUCGCACACAAGCACUGGUCGAGCACUGCUUGAAAAGUGGUGAUCGGAAUCUCCUACUUCCUGGCCUCCUGCUCUUUGAUGACCUGGCAGACCUUCAGCCAACUUGGCUUGCAGACAAUGAAUACAUUGUCGAUGUCCUCCUCGGGAUAUGGCGCUCAGAGCCUCUCCAGCCUGAACAAGAUGAAGUCAUGGUCCCUGACGCGAUUCACCGGCAAUCUUCAAUCAUGUCAAUCUUCAUGAAAGCUCUGGAGCGAACCCCUCGCGUCGACUUGCUUUUCGACAUUGUUGCGAUCUACACCCGCGACAUCGCAAUGGAUCUGACACGUCUUACACAAUUCCUCUAUCGACACGUUGCGCUGAAUGAGGAUCUCUUCUAUCGUCGCAAUGUCUUGUCACGCUUCGUGGUCUGGUUCGAAGACACCUCAUAUCCGUGGGCUCAGAAGACCUUUUUCCUGCGUUUUGUUCUGACACCGACUAUCCUGAUUCAAGCAAAUAGCCCCGACAAGGAGGGGAUGCUUGACAUGGACUUCAUAACAUCUCUUCAUCGAGUGAUCUGGCAACCCAUGACUGACACGUCUUCUUUCCCGGGUGCCGAUGAUAUGUUCAUGAUUGAGUUACUACACUUGACCACGGUGCUAGUACAUCGCUUCCCAGAGCUCGUUGAGGAUGUGAAAAAGGACAUCAUCCGUUGUGCAUGGCACUAUAUAACUAGUGAAGAUGCAGUGGUGAAGCAGACAGCGUAUUUACUAGCUGCGCGUUUCUUCGAAGCCUUUGAUACCCCGCAGAAAUUCAUCCUCCGCGCUUGGACAGGUCUUCUUCGUCCUCCUCAUACGGACGGCAAACUCCUCAUCAAGCAAGCACUGGAUAUUCUUGCACCAGCUCUUCCUCGCUCAGGUGGCAAUGAUGCAGGAUAUCCUCAGUGGGCUAGGACGACUCGGCGUUUACUCGCAGAAGAGGGCAAUGGGUUCCAACAAAUCAUCAUGAUCUACCAACUUCUUGUCCGCCAACCGCACUUAUUCUACCCCGUUCGUGCACUGUUUAUCCCUCACAUGGUCAACUCGCUGUCCAAACUUGGUCUUUCUGGCACGGCGUCCGGUGAAUCUCGUAUCCUCUCCAUAGAUAUCUCCCAGGUUGUCUUUGAUUGGGAACAGAAGUCACAGGAUACCAGCACUCAUGCAGAGUUGUCCCGAGCUUCCACUACAUGGAUCACCCCCCUUCCCUUCAGAGAAAGUAUUGUCAGCUUCCUCGUUCGCCUCGCGACCUCCCCUCUAGAGCCAACGGCCAGGACUAUCCUGUUGCCUCGUGCACUGUCUCUGUUGCAGAAGAUGGUUGCGCCUUCAGGUUGGAGCGAUGUGACCGUCAAGUUGAAUUUUUUUUCACGCGCUCUGGAACAGACAGAACUCGAUUCAGAACCCCACGUUAACCAAGCCCUCAGUGCUGCGAAGGUGCUACAAGUUGUCGCUGCAGAUAAGGAUGAUGCCUGGUAUCUGGCCAACGCCACGAUCCUCCAAUCCUUGGUUCGCAAAGGUCUGACGACAGAUGACCCCGGUUUACAUGACGCCCUUCAUCCCAUCUUUGAACAUCUCUUGCACCUAUUCCCUUUGCCUGAUCGAGACGAGAAACAGGGCGAUAUGUCAGACUUCCACACUUGGGUCUAUACAGCAGUCGAGGAUGGUUUGGCGAACACGACUGCUCUCCGUGGAAUACUCCUCAUGCUCAAAUCAGUCGUGCAAGUAACAGCGGAGCGCGUUCAACCAUUCAGUGCAUCACUUCUACGCCUGUUCAGUAAACUAGCCAAAGACCACGUCAGUUCGACCCCGACUACCAACGGAUUUGAGAACGGUGUCCGCCUGAUCAUCUCUAUCAUCGAGAUUUGCAAAGCUACCAUUCUACACCUCGGCGACCACCGGAAGUCAUUCUUUGCUGCAUUCACUGCGCUCACAGAGAAAUCCAAGAGUCCUACUCUGUGUCACUUUUCCCUUGAUGUCAUGCGGGACUGGGCCCUUCAUACGAACGAAGCAUAUCCAACAAUGAAGGACAAAGUCAGCGUGCUGCAGAAAAUGGCAGGCUUUGAGACCCGCAGCGAUGCGCUAUUCCACAGCUACCUGGAGCUCAUUCACGACAUCUACACAGAACCUUCAUUGCGCAGGAGUGAUUUGACGUCUCGACUGGAACAGUGUUUCCUCCUUGGGUGUCGUGCUCGAGAUCCUGUGCUCAGAGAGCGAUUUAUGGACCUUCUGGACAGUAGCAUCCCCCGUUCUCUUCAGGGUCGUCUAGCAUAUAUCUUGGGAGUCCAGAGUUGGGAGCCUCUCGCGGACCAUAACUGGAUCUAUCUCGCACUACAUCUCCUUCUCGGGGCCGUUGACGGCGAGGUGCCGUUGAUUUCAGAGCGGAGGAUUAGCAUGGUGCCCUUAAAUGGCUCCUUCGUUGCUCGACAGAAUGCAGCGUCAGUCAUUCGUGCCAUGCAAAGAUUGGCAUUCCUUGACCCUCAAGUUGCGCACGACACUUGGGUAUCAGUCUUUCCCGCAGCGUGGGCGUGUCUCUCUCGUCGAGAACAGGCGGACAUGACAUUGCACAUGAUCAACUUGCUGAGCAAGGACUUUCAUGCCAAGCAGCUUGAGCUGCGCCCCAAUGUCAUCCAGACUCUAUUGGGUGGCAUUCACGCCUGCUCGCCUCCUAUGACUCUGCCACCCUAUCUAGUGAAAUACCUCGCAAAAUCAUACGGUGCAUGGCACGUUGGGAUGGAGAUUUUGGAAACGUCUCUGGACUCCGUCAAAGACGAUGAUCCCACUGUCAAAGAAACGGUUUACGAUUCGCUCGCAGAUGUUUAUGCCGAACUAACGGAGGAGGAUGUGUUCUAUGGUCUUUGGCGCCGGCGAUGCCACCACCUCGAGACGAACAUGGCAAUUUCGUUCGAACAGAAUGGCAUGUGGGAGUUUGCCUCCAACUGUUAUGAAGGGGCGAUGACGAAGGCGAAGAGUGGCCAAAUUGCAUUUUCAGAAGUGGAGUAUUGCCUUUGGGAGGACCACUGGAUGCUCGCAGCCGAAAAACUCCAGCAGUGGGAUACAUUGCAUGAUUUGGCGAAGAGCGAAGGGAACCAGGAACUCCUACUCGAGAGUGCGUGGCGCACGAAAGAUUGGGCUGAUCAGAAAGAAUCCCUGGAAGAGCAGAUUAAUCAGCUACCCGACGUCGCGACUCCGCGAAAGCGAGUUUUCGAGGCGUUCAUUGCUCUUCUGAAGGUGCCUGGUGCUCUGGAAAAGAACACCGAAUUCACGAAGAUCCUUGAAGAUGCGAUGCAGCUGUCGCUGCGUAAAUGGGUUGCUCUUCCGUUCCACAUGUCAGCUGCUCAUGUUCCGCUAUUACAACACUUUCAGCAGUUCGUUGAGCUCCAAGAGGCCGUGCAGAUCUUUGGUUCUCUCUCUACAACCACCGCUCAGAAUCUGGAGAAGAAGUCCUCAGAUCUUAAGAUGGUUCUACAAGCUUGGCGGGAGCGCCUUCCUAACCUACAAGACGACAUCAGCAUAUGGAGUGACUUGGUUGCUUGGAGGCAGAAUGUUUUCAAUGCAAUCAACAAGGCGUACAUCCCCCUUAUCUCCAAUACCAACCAGGGCGGUAAUUCUGCGACAAGCAACUUCAAUACCUCGGGCUAUCGUGGGUACCAUGAAACGGCUUGGAUCAUCAAUCGCUUUGCCCAUGUUGCGAGGAAGCACGAUCUUCUCGAUGUCUGCUUCAGUUCAUUGAACAAGAUCUAUACCCUGCCGAAUAUCGAGAUAUCGGAAGCUUUCCUCAAACUACGGGAGCAGGCGCGCUGCCACUACCAGAAACCCAGUGAUCUGCAAGCAGGACUGGAAGUCAUCAAUAACACGAACCUGAUGUACUUCUCUAACCCCCAGAAGGCCGAGUUUUUCACUCUCAAGGGCAUGUUUCAUGCGAGAAGUGGGAGGAAUGACGACGCCAAUCACUCCUUCGGCCAAGCAGUCCAGAUGGACAUGUCUCAAGCCAAAGCAUGGGCGGAAUGGGGACGAUAUAGCGAUCGCAUGUUCAAGGAGUUCCCCAGCGAAAUGUCGCACGCUGCCAAUGCUGUCAGCUGCUACCUCCAGGCAGCUGGACAGUACAAGAAUGGAAAGAGUCGGCCCCUGCUGACUAGGGUGCUCUGGUUGUUGAGUGUAGACGACGCGCAAUUUACAAUCUCCCGAGCGUUCGACACUUACAAGGGCGAGGCAGCGUUUUGGUACUGGAUAUCGCUCAUCCCGCAGCUUUGUCUUUCUAUCAGUCAGCGCGAGGUCAAGCAAGCGCGGUAUAUCCUGCUGAACCUUGCCAAGUUAUUCCCACAGGCAUUAUUUUUCCCAUUGCGGACGACGAAGGAGGACAUGUCAUUCAUCAAGAAGCAAGCUAUGGCUACAGCAGCAGCUCGCGCUCAAGGUGCAAUGACUGCCAACGCAAACAGACGUGCUGACGGCGACCAAGUGAUGCAAGAUGUCACGGCCGAAGUUCAAGCAGAGAUCAUCAAGAAGGAGAAUUCGUCGGGUGACGUUAGCGAGUCUCAGCAUUCCCAAACCCAUUCCCAAACCCAACAAGCUCCCCAGUCCAACACAGAGACAGCUCCUGCUACACAAAACGCAGGUGCCACUGUCCCUCCUUCCGCUCAAAAUGCUCCAGGUGCCUCUGACGCCCAGCCGACUUAUGUCGUUCGCCAAUCUUGGGAACACGUCGACGAGGUCGUUCAGAUUCUUAAGACGGCCUUCCCGCUGCUUAUUCUGAGCAUGGAGACUAUGGUGGAUCAGAUACUGCAGAGGUUUAAGGCUACCCCUGAAGAAGAGAUUUACCGGUUGAUUUGCAUGCUCUUGCUGGAUGCUGUGCAGAACUAUGUGAUGCGGACGAAUACCACGGAGGAUGACGGGCAGCUCCAGCAACAUACCGUACAAAACAUUUCCAAGAUGGCUGCAAACUUAACUGGAUCGGCUAGGCGAGAAUACGAAGAAGACUUCGUCAAGAGCAAACUCACGCAUUACGAGUACAUCCGGAAGCUUCAGCAAUGGAGGGACCGGCAAGAAAAGUAUCUCGACUCCCGACCACGCAUCCAGUCUCUCGACCUCCUUAGCCACUAUCUCACCGAGUUCCAAUAUGGCAAAUUUGACGACAUCGAAGUUCCGGGUCAGUACACCGAGGACAAGGAUAGCAAUCAGAAUUUCAUUCGCAUUCAGCAGUUUGGACCCAAGUUCGAGAACUGUCGGUCAUAUGGAUACUGCUGGCGCAGAUUCACGGUGCAUGGCAACGACAACUCGCGGACAUCGUUCUCUGUUCAGCUUCCUUCUGGCCGACACUGGCGCAGGGAGGAGCGGCUAACGCAAGUGUUCCGUACUUUCAAUUGUGCCUUGGUCCGCAGGAAGGAAUCUCGCAAGCGAAAUCUACUGUUCCAUAUUCCAGCUGCUAUUUCCUGUAGCCCCAGUCUUCGCCUCCUGCAGACCGAUUCGUCGUACAUUACGCUCGGCGAUAUAUAUGACCAUCACUGCGAGGAAGCUGGCUUAUCUCGUGAGGACCCUAUACUUGUCUCUGGUGAGAAAGUCAAGAGCGUGCUGCUAGAAUUCAAGCAGAAAAGUGGCCGGGCGCCAAGCAAAGCGGAAUACUUCACUCUCCGAAAAGACAUCAUGGAUGAAAUUGGCACUAAACUUGUUCCAGAUGAUGUUCUGACCAAAUACAUGACAAGUGCCAUGGCAACACCCGCAGACCUCUGGCGCAUGCGAAAGCAGUUUGCCCUCCAAGUUGCCGCGACGAGCUUCAUGACCUUCGUCUUCUGCCUCACGAGCCGCGCGCCCUCGCGCUUCCAUCUCUCUCGGUCUACAGGGCUUAUGACGAUGAGUGAAAUGUUGCCUGGUCUAGCAGGUCAAGCGCCUGUGUUCGCGUCCAAUGACGCGGUGCCCUUCCGCUUCACCCCGAAUAUGCAGAGGUUUUUGGGCCCUGUGUUUACAGAGGGGUUAUUGACGACAGGCAUCAUGGUUAUCGGAAGGUGUCUAACCGAGCCCGAUUUCGGUCUUGAACAACAACUUUGUCUCUUCGCUCGGGAUGAGGUAAUGACGUGGAUGCAUGGAAAAGGACAUCCGUGGACGUUCGAUUUGUCAUUCAGGACAAGCUGUGCGGCUAACAUUGAGGGUGUGGUGAAGCGUGCUGAGAUUAUGGCAUGCAAAAUCGAGCGCGAGACGGCCCAAUCGAGCACAAAUAUGGGCGGUAUACCAGUCGUACAGACUGUUACCAACUUGAUCUCGACAGCUACGAAUCCUGUGCAGUUGAUGAGGAUGAGCGAGGUGUAUCAUCCAUGGUUCUAGGUUAUCGAAUGUUAUCGAAUGUUGCCUUAAUGAUUGUUUAUCUGUCGCUGAUUGACUGCUGUGCUGGACGUAGAUUGCUUUGCAUACAUGCACGUGUACAUUAGAUAUAACAUACUCGCUUGUAGCAAUGGUUAGUUGCUCUGACAUAUCCG